CAGGAGGAGGCGCUGACGCAGCAGCGUGGAGCCCGGGAAUUGAGCGCCCCCGGGGGGUUCCAGCCGCCGGAUUCCAGCCCGGCCCGGGCCUGCGGGCGCCCAGAUCCGCGCCGUCCGCGCCGCCGGUCCGGGUUGGAGAUACUCCAUGACACAUACUCGGAGGAAGUCCCUUCCCAUGCUGAGUUCAGGCCCCACUGGCCGCCAAGAGCCCCUGCAGAUGGAAGACAGCAAUAUGGAGCAGGGGGCUGAGGGUGUGGAGCCAGGCAUGCCUGAGAGCCCAGAGCAUCUCACAGGGCGCCGCAAAAACUACCCACUGCGUAAGCGUCCAUUGGCUCCUGAGAAGCCCAAGGCCUGCAAAGUGCUGCUGACCCGCCUGGAGAAUGUGUCCGGUCCACGGAGUGCAGAUGAGGCUGACGAGCUGCCCCCUGACCUGCCCAAGCCCCCCAGUCCAGCCCCAUCCAGUGAGGACAUCGGCCUUGCCCAGCCCCGCAAGCGGCGCCUGGCCUCCCUCAACGCCGAGGCUCUCAAUAACCUGCUGCUAGAGCGGGAGGACACCAGCAGCUUGGCAGGCACCCGCCGCAGUCGAGGGGGAGACCCCCACCGCAGCCGGGACCGUGACCAGACCACUGGAGGCUGGUCCUCCAAGAAGCGGCCCCGGCUGGGGGACCUUGGAGGAGGAAGUCGGGACCUGUCCCCCGAGCCAGCACCAGAUGAAGGCACCCGCCGAGAUGGAGACCCAGCUCCCAAGAGACUGGCUAGCCUGAAUGCAGCUGCCUUCCUGAAGCUGAGCCAGGAGCGGGAGCUACCCCUGCGGCCACCUCGUGCCCAUGCAGAAGCAGAUGGUCGCUCUACUGAGCCCCUGGCACCCAAAGCCCUGAGGCCAAAGUGGGCCAAGGUUAAUGGCAAGAACUAUCCCAAGGUCCGGCAGGGAGCUGGCUCUGGGGAGCCUGCAGGCCCACCUGGCUGGCAAGGGCGCCCUGAUGACCCGUGGCCAUCUGCAACUCCUCGUGGGCCAUCCGUCCAGCCACCUUACCAGCCCCUGAGCAAGGCUCUAGAGAACCCUUUGAGGCUGCGCCCCCAUCUGCCUCUGCUGAUGGGUGGACAGGCGGCCCUGAAGCCAGAGCCUGGGCGCCCAGGCGAGGAGUCACCAGCCCCCAAGCAGGAACUGCAUCAGCCCUCUUUCCCGGCACCUCAGCUGUCCCCCCUGCCGAUGCCUGGCAACCCUGCCGACUACAGUGGCCUGUGUGUUGGGCCUGAGCUCACUGCACUAGGCAGCUUCUACCUGUAUUGUGGCCAAGACGGGCUGCAGUGUGGGGGUUACUCCCCAUGCCCCAUGCUCCCUGAGGGAAAGCUGUCCCCAGUGGCUGCACCUAAUGAGGGGGUCCUCUUGACCUCCAGCUCAGUGCCUUCAGGCACUCCUUUCCAGCACCCUCCCUGGGGCUCUUCUCCCUACUCCUCCAGUGAGGACACUGGAGUGAAUGGCUAUGGCAUCUGUGGAGUGUUGCCCCUGUCCUUCGCCCACAUUGGCACUACCUGUGGUGGCUGUCCCUACAAAAUUCCUUUUGCAGCAGAAGGCUGUAGGUCUCUGGGCCAGCUGGAAUUUCCUCUCCCGGAAGCUGGCCACCCAGCCUCACCCGCCCACCCCCUCCUGGGAUGCCCUGUGCCCAGUGUGCCACCUGCAGCAGAGCCUGUCCCCCAUCUUCAGACACCCACUUCAGAGCCCCAGACAGUAGCCCGUGCGUGCCCUCAGAGCGCCAAGCCUCCCAGCGGUUCCAAGUCAGGUCUGCGCACAGGCUCUGGCUGCAGGCACACUGCAAGGAGCAAGGCUGCCCGCAGGCCCAGCCACCCCAAGCAGCCACGUGUCCAGCGCCCCCGCCCUCGCCGCCGUCGCCGCCGCCGCACUAAUGGCUGGGUGCCUGUUGGGGCUGCCUGUGAGAAGGCUGUUUAUGUCUUGGAUGAGCCAGAACCAGCCAUCCGAAAGAGCUACCAGGCAGUAGAGCGGCGUGGAGAGACAAUCCGAGUCCGGGACACUGUCCUCCUCAAGUCAGGCCCGCGGAAGACAUCCACUCCUUAUGUGGCCAAGAUCUCUGCCCUCUGGGAGAACCCUGAGUCAGGAGAGCUGAUGAUGAGCCUCCUGUGGUAUUACAGACCUGAGCACUUACAGGGAGGUCGCAGUCCCAGCAUGCACGAGCCUUUGCAGAAUGAAGUCUUUGCCUCGCGACAUCAGGACCAGAACAGUGUGGCCUGCAUAGAGGAAAAAUGCUAUGUGCUGACCUUUGCCGAGUACUGCAGAUUCUGUGCCAUGGCCAAGCGCCGAGGCGAGGGCCUCCCCAGCCGAAAGACAGCUCUGGUGCCCCCCUCUGCAGACUACUCCACCCCGCCACACCGCACAGUGCCCGAGGACACGGACCCUGAGCUGGUGUUCCUUUGCCGUCAUGUCUAUGACUUCCGCCAUGGUCGCAUCCUCAAGAACCCCCAGUAGCCUCCUCAUGCCCACACUGGGGCUGCCCAUGGGCAAGUGGGGCUCGGGGCAGGGGACACUGCUUGAAGCACAGCACUUGGUUA